CACUCUUUCUCAAUCCUUCUAUCUUUGGUGGUUUGAUUAGAUCUACAGAGUACAGUAGUCAUACUAUACUAGUCGUUAUACAGAAGUAUGUCUCCAGUGUAUGGUCAAGUGGUGUGUGGUCCUCCUGGGAGUGGCAAGACAACGUACUGCAAUGGUAUGCAGCACUAUCUAGAGAUUUUGGGACGCAAUGCGGCGGUGAUCAAUUUGGAUCCAGCGAAUGAGAUGGGUCAGUUUGUGCCGUCUUCUAGUACUGCUGGUAAUACUGCUACAGAAGAGGAAGAUGACGAGGAUACUAACGACACUGGCAACAGCCAACUUCCUUACUCUGCCAUUUUCGAUGUCUGCGAAGAAGUUGUGAAUCUGUCGGCCGUGAUGGAACAGACGGGAUUGGGUCCGAAUGGUGGAUUGAUGUUUUGCAUGGAGUACUUGGAAGAACACGUCGAAGAAAUCAUUGGCAUGUUGCAGCAGCGCAUUCAAGAGUACAAGUCAACGACACCGACCUAUCUGAUCAUUGACUUGCCAGGUCAAGUGGAACUCUACACGCAUUCCACGUGUGUCCAACACAUCCUGCAGCGACUCGUCAAGAGUUUGGAUUUGCGCUUGACGGCUGUUCAACUGAUUGACGCCCAUUACUGUGCCGAUCCACACAAAUUCUUGUCGGCUGCCUUGCUGGGGACCACUACCAUGAUUCGACUCGAAUUGCCCACUGUCAAUGUCCUUUCCAAAGUCGAUUUGUUGUCGCAAUUUGACCAAGAUGGAGAUUUGCCCUUUGGACUCGAAUUCUUUACCGAAUGUCACGACUUGCAACGACUCGUGCCUUUUCUCGAUGGCAUGGGGACACUCGACACGGCCAACCAGUACGAUGAUCUAGAUGAAUUCGAUUUUGCCGACGAUCCCGAUUAUCAAAAAGCUCGACAGAAAACACGCACGUCCAAGUUUCGACAAAAACGAGACAAAUUGCAGCGUGCUCUAGCGGAUGUCGUGGAGGAUUUUGGAUUGCUCGGAUUCUUACCACUCGAUAUUACCCAUGCCGAAUCGGUGGGACGUGUAUUGGCCAAAAUUGACAAGUGCAAUGGAUACGUAUUUAGUACCAGUUCCGCCACUAAUAAUACCAAGGAAGAUCUCUUCCAAUGUGCCAUUGCCAAUGACGACAACGACGCACAUCAUUUAGCCGAUAUUCAGGAGCGGAUACAGGAACAACGGGAGUGGUUGCAAGAACAAGAUCAACUACGACAACAACUGAAACAGCAAGAAGAACUAGAACGAGAACAACAACAAAAUGAAUCACAACCGCCCAACUUUCCUCCUGCUGCCAAGGUGGCAUAUGUACACCCGAAAAAGAACCAAAAGAAGAGCUAGCUAUACUAAUAAUAUGCGGUUGGCACGGUCGACUGCGCAGGGAACUCACAACAAACACAUAAAAUAUGCAGAACAUUACGAUUAUCGGUACUUGU